AGUCAAACGGAGCGCAAGUCGUACCUCUUCCUUCUCCAUUCGACGGGCGAUCAGUACGGACGUGAGAGUGUUGUUAGCUCGUGUAGUGUAUUUAAUUAUUUGUUAAAGCGCGAUUUAUAAUUGUGUUUUAAGUGUUUUAUUAGAAUAAAAAAAAAAGUAUAACAAAUAAUGGCCGAUCAGGAAAACAAGGACUUCAGCGAAGAUAUUGCCGAUCAAAACUUCGAGCAGAACGGCGAAGCAGAGAACGGCGGCGGGGACGCCGCAGAAAAUGGCCAAGAAUCACAGGAGGACAGGUCAACCGGGGGUAAUCAGGAUUCUUUAAAUGAUAGGAAAUUAUUUGUCGGUGGAUUAAGCUGGGAGACUACAGACAAGGAAUUAAGGGAUCAUUUUGGUACAUAUGGAGACAUUGAAAGCAUCAAUGUCAAAACAGAUCCUAAUACCGGACGGUCGCGUGGAUUUGCUUUCAUCGUUUUUGCUAAAGCAGAAUCGUUAGAUAAGAUCAUGGCAGCCGGCGAUCAUAUAAUUAACAAUAAGAAAGUUGAUCCUAAGAAAGCAAAGGCUAGACAUGGCAAAGUCUUUGUUGGUGGUCUUUCAACAGAAUUGUCAGAUGAUGAUAUCAAGCAUUUCUUUUCUCAAUUUGGAACAAUUGUUGAGGUAGAAAUGCCAUUUGACAAGACAAAGAACCAGAGGAAAGGUUUCUGCUUUAUUACAUUCGAAUCUGAACAAGUUGUAAACGAAUUGCUGAAAACUCCUAAGCAAACAAUUAAUGGUAAAGAGGUCGAUGUAAAGAAAGCAACACCUAAACCAGAUGGUAUGGGAGGAAUGCGUGGUGGCGCUGGAGGUCGAGGCGGCCGUGGCGGUAGAGGAGGUAGAGGUCGCGGUUUUGGCGGUCAAGGCGGCUGGGGCCAAGGCGGAUACGGAGGUGGUUAUGGCGGCGGUUACGGUCAAGGCGGUUAUGGCGGUGGCUAUGAUGGAUACGGAGGAGGCUACGAUUAUUACGGCGGUGGGUACGGCGGCUAUGGUGGUUACGACUACAGUGGAUACGACGGCUAUGGCUAUGGCGGUGGUAGUUACGAUGGUGGCUACAGUGGUGGGCGCGGUGGUGCACGCGGUAAAGGUUUCCUGUCCAUCCACAAAUCUCAUAACUCGUUAAAUCAUCAUUCCAUUAAACCACGCCACUUUCAGCAAGAUUUUCAACAACGCAGACUACUGCCGCAAAAUAAAAUGAAUCAUCAGGAAUCACGACAAAAACUGUAAUAGCUUCACGUUUUGCGUCUAGCAAUACAUCUGUAUUAACAAGACAACAAAAGCAAACAUAUAUACAUAUAUAUAUUAUAUAUAUAUACAUAUAGGUACACAAUGCUUUCUUCCAUCUCUCGUUUACCCUUUUGUACAAAGUGAAAAAUACUUCAUAUUUUACAUUGGUCUUCUGUCUCAUUUCAUCUUAUUUAUCAUGAAUUUUUUUUACCGUUAUUGUACGUUACGUUAUUCAGCGUAAGGCAAUAUCACAUCGCAAUACGUUUGUAAAUUAUUAAUAUUCUAUGUUAAUACAAUUAUAGAAUGAUAUAAAUGCUGGCGUGAUAAUUAUUCCAAACGUAUAGACGAAAUGCCUUACAAUGAAGUAUUGUAACGUAAUAUUUUUGUGCAAAUGGGAAAGCAAAAGAUGAUAGGAAAUAAUUUAAAUACAGAUAUAUUAGGAAGAAUCAAGUUUCUCAUUCAUCUUUUGGGACUACUGAGAAAUACCUACGUCCCUAUUUUUAACAAUAAGAUUAUUAUAAUUUGUUUAUAAACUAAACUUAAUAAGAAGAAAACCACUAUAGAAAAGUAAGCAGGCAAUGUACUUUUUACACGGCUAUGAUGAGACAAAAAUGAAAAGUACCGAAUUGUUUAUAAUGAUUGUGUGAGGUAUGAAAUGAGGUAAAAAGAUUAUUGCUUCCUUAUUGGUAAGAAAAAUAGGAUAAAAUAAAUUGAUUUUGUGUACAUAAUA